AUGCGAUCGUCUAUUCCUCCAUAUGAGACCAAGGUUCCCAUCAAAGUUCGCAUUCAGGGUCAAGAUUCGGUAUACACAUUCGUCAAGAGCAUUGUGUAUCAUCUUGUACAAUCAGCUUCAAAAGCUUCUAGUUCCAGUUCAAUGGAAUGGGUUGUUAAAGUCCGAGACGUUGAACCCGAAAAUCGUUGUCUUUUGUUACAUCCACUUUCCACCUCGUUGCCUUUAGAGCCGAAUUCAGAGUCGUUUCCAGAUGAAUUAAACGUCUUGGAAUUUCAGGUAUCGGAGUUAGCAAGAUGUUAUAGUCUGCGUAAAUCCAAUUCCAAUGAGGCCGAACACAAGGUGGUCGUAUCCUCGGAUCCUCAUUGGCAUGCGCUCAUGGUGAUGGCUGAGGCAAAACUAUACUACGGGUGGGAUUUCAGUACCGCUAGUGUUGAGAUUCAAGAGUGCACCUUAGUACGGGAUAUACUCUUUGAACACCACAAAUUCGAAGAUGUUAUUUUUCAUAAGAGCAAGUUCUAUGUUGUUGCCAAGAAUGGUACGACUGUAUCCAUUGAUUCAUCCUUGAAGAUGACACAGGUCGCGUAUCCAACAACUUGUUCUCGCAGUAAGAAAUUGGUGGAGUCAUUGGGGGAUCUACUUUUAGUUGAGAAACGUGCGAGGCCUUUGAGGCGGAGAUGUCCUCAUAAUCCAACUCAUCAUGGAUGCAAGGUUUACAAGUUGAACGAACCUGAGAGGCAAUGGGUUGAAAUGAAGAGCUUGACACUACUAGCAAAAUAA